AUGGCCUCCACAUCGUUCGAAAAUUUGAGAGAAAACGGGAUUUUUAACCAUCAACCUCUAGCCGAUGAUGACAACUUAGCCAUGGCAGAAUCAAUAAAGUCGCGGCAUUCCAUGGUGCAGGAGUUCGCUAGGAAAUACUCUAGAAACGGAGACGAAGCCCAUACCAAGCCCAUAUUCGGGAGCACUGACGAAAAUUCCCCGCUGAAUCCAUGUGGCAAGGAAUUCAAUGCCCGUGCGUGGGCUACGCACGUUUCGUUGCUCGCUAGCGAAACAGGCCAGGGUUUUCGUCGAGUUGGCCUAUGUUUUCAGAACCUCAGUGUAUUCGGUUAUGGCACACCAGCUGACUAUCAAAAGGAUGUAGCCAAUAUCUGGUUAGCGCUUCCAGGUAUGAUUCGGCGCUUCCUCUUUAGCACAGCAGGCCAGAAACGCAUCGACAUUCUGCGCCAGUUCGACGGUAUCAUCCAUCCCGGCGAGAUGUGCGUGGUCUUGGGUCCUCCUGGCUCUGGUUGCUCAACUUUCCUUAAAACAAUUUCAGGAGACACGAACGGUCUCCACGUCAACGAGGGUUCCUACUUCAACUACCGCGGCCUUUCAGCCAAGGAGAUGCAUACGGCGCAUCGAGGUGAUGCUGUCUACACGGCCGAGACCGAUGUCCAUUUCCCCAUGCUGACAGUUGGAGAGACAUUGACCUUUGCAUCGCGUGCACGCUGCCCGCAGCAACUGCCACAAGGAAUUUCUCGCAGCGAGUACUGCGAACACCUUCGCAAUGUUGUCAUGGCCAUGUACGGCAUUAGCCACACCAUCCAUACCAAGGUAGGAGACCAGUUCGUACGAGGAGUCUCAGGAGGAGAACGCAAGCGCGUCACUAUUGCCGAGGCCACGCUUGCCAACGCUCCAUUUCAAUGUUGGGACAACUCGACCCGUGGUCUAGACUCGGCCAACGCGAUAGAAUUCUGCAAGACCUUAAGGCUACAGGCUGAUCUUUUUGGUCAGGCAUGCGCUGUUUCAAUGUAUCAAGCCCCCCAAAGCGCCUAUGACUUAUUUGACAAGGCCCUGGUCAUCUACAAGGGGCACCAAAUCUACUUUGGACCUGCAUCGAAGGCUAAAGAAUAUUUUGUUGACCUUGGAUUUGAGUGCCCUGAACGCCAGACAGCCCCCGACUUCCUCACGUCCAUGACGCUCCCCGCGGAGCGCAUCACUCGUGCUGGCUUCAACCCCCCGCGGACCGCCGAUGAGUUUGUAAACGCGUGGCGGAAUAGUCCUGAAUAUGGCAGGCUGCAAGCUGAAAUUAAAAAAUACAAGUCUCAACAUCCAAUUGGCGGCCCUGAUGCUGAAAUUUUCAGGCGGCUCAAAAAGUCACACCAAGCCAAUGGCCAGCGCCUCAAUUCUCCGUAUAUCUUAACAUACCUUCAGCAGGUCCAGCUCUGUAUGUGGCGCGGUUUGGCGCGGUUUAAGGCAGACCCAUGGCCAGCCAUCUGGGUGAUGGUCGGAAAUACCAUGAUGGCUCUCAUUAUGUCAUCCAUGUUCUACAACCUACCCCAGAACACGGGCUCGUUUUAUGGUCGUGCGGUCAUUCUUUUUAUGGCCAUCUUGUUCAACUCUUUCUCUUCCAUUCUCGAGGUUAUGACGCUAUAUGCUCAACGGCCCAUUGUGGAAAAGCACACCCGAUACGCCUUUUACCAUCCAUCCGCCGAGUCAUAUUCUUCUGUGUUAGUUGAUUUACCUAUUAAAAUCACUAGUACUAUUUCCUUUAACUUAGUGUUUUACUUCAUGGCCAACCUUCACCGUACGCCUGGAAAUUUCUUCUUCUACCUAUUGGUGGUAUUCCUCAUCGUUUUGGCCAUGUCUGGUAUCUUUAGGUUUAUAGGCUCGCUUUCACGGACGGAACAACAAGCUAUGGUCCCCGCUUCUAUCAUGAUGCUUGCUCUGCUCAUAUUCACCGGGUUUGUUGUCCCAGUAGACUACAUGCUACCCUGGAGUCGAUGGAUCAAUUAUCUCAACCCUGUAGCCUAUGGCUACGAAGCACUCAUGAUCAACGAAUUCCACAACCGCAACUUUCCGUGUACCUCCUAUAUUCCCGACUACAUCAACGCCGCUGUGAACAACGUAGCCUGUGACGCUGUCGGAGCAGUUCCCGGCCUUGCCUAUGUUAAUGGAGAUGACUAUAUCAACUCGGCAUACAGCUACUAUCAUAGCCAUAAAUGGCGCAACGUCGGCAUCAUCCUCGCCAUGACUAUUUUCAACCAUCUUGUAUAUCUUACUACUAGCGAGUAUGUCCAAGCGAAGAGGUCGAAAGGGGAAAUUCUUGUCUUCCGUCGAGGCUUCGUUCCACCAUCUUUAGCCAAAGGCGGCAAUGAUACCGAGAAGUUGAUCACUGGGCACAUACCAGUCACAGCUACAUUAGAUACCUACACAUCUGAGGUAAAGGGAGCCUUUCAAGGUUCUACAAAAGUCGUCCAUUGGAGUAACGUGUGCCAUGAAAUCAAGAUCAAAAAGGAAACCCGGUGUGUCCUGGACAGAAUUGAUGGUUGGGUUAAGCCUGGCACUCUAACGGCCUUAAUGGGCGUUUCUGGGGCCGGUAAGACCAGUCUUCUGGAUUGUUUGGCUGAUCGUCGUGCGGGGGUGGGUGUCAUCACUGGCGAGAUUUUGGUCGAUGGGAAGAUGCGUGACGAGAGCUUUCAGCGUAAAACCGGCUACGCCCAGCAGCAAGAUAUUCAUCUAGAAACGAGUACUGUCCGUGAGGCUCUAAAAUUCUCAGCUCUCCUUCGUCAGCCAAGAACUACCCCAAAAGCGGAGAAACUCGCUUAUGUGGAUGAGGUUAUCAAUAUUCUAGGCAUGCAGGAGUAUGCCGAUGCUAUUGUUGGUGUUUUAGGCGAAGGCCUCAAUGUUGAGCAACGUAAGCGCUUGACUAUUGGCGUCGAAUUGGUUGCCAAACCACCGCUACUGCUAUUUGUUGAUGAGCCCACAUCAGGCCUUGACUCCCAAACCAGCUGGGCUGUCCUAGACCUACUGGAAAAGCUAUCAAAGGCAGGCCAGUCUAUCCUCUGCACUAUUCAUCAACCUUCUGCAGUGCUGUUUCAACGGUUUGACCGCCUGCUCUUACUUGCCGAGGGAGGGAAGCAGGUUUAUUUCGGUGAUAUUGGCCAUAACUCUCACACUCUUAUCGAUUACUUUGAGAGUAACGGCGCCACCGCUUGCCCGCCUGGUGCUAAUCCGGCUGAGUGGAUGCUCGAAACUAUUGGCGCUGCCCCCAGUUGUUCCUCCGAAAUUGACUGGCACCAAACUUGGCGUUCUAGUCCAGAAUUUCAAAGUGUUCAGGAAGAGUUAGCACGUCUUAAGGCCAAAGGCUUAGCUCGGCCAUCAGGUGAAACGCUUGAUCCCGCAUCAUGUAAUAAGUUUGCUGCAACACUAUGGCAGCAAUUUGUUGUGGUUAUGGAACGUGUAUUCCAACACUCCUGGCGAUCACCCUCCUAUAUCUACUCUAAGCUUUUGCUCUGUAUUGCGACUAGCUUAUUCAUUGGCUUGGUUUUUCUCAACGCCCCGCUAACACUACAAGGUCUUCAGAACCAGACGUUUGCCAUUUUUGAGAUGAUGAGUAUUGUUGGGCAGUUGGUAGAUCAACAAAUGCCAAACUUCAUUCUGCAACGGUCGUUAUAUGAGAUCAUAUCUGAGCUCCCUUGGAGCACCCUUGCGUCAGUCUUGAUGUGGGCCUGCUUCUAUUUCCCCGUUGGCCUCUAUAAGAAUGCUGCAGCCGCCGGUCAGGCCACGGAAAGAGGGUGGUUGAUGUGGCUGCUGUUCUGGCAGUUUCUUCUUUGGGUUUCCACAUUUACCCAUAUGUGCAUUUCCUUCGCUGGCUCAGCCGAUGAUGGCGGCAACAUUGCCAAUUUUCUCUUUGUCCUCAUUUUCUUCUUCUGCGGUGUGUUGGCUUCGCCAGCUCAGAUGCCUCGUUUCUGGAUUUUCCUCUACCGGGCCUCUCCAUUGUCGUAUUGGGUCUCGGCUAUUCUAUCAACUGGCCUGUCUAACGCUGAGGUGACGUGUGCGAGUAAUGAACUCGUUCCCGUUUACCCCCCAGAUGGUCAGACAUGCGGUGAUUAUAUGGCAGACUACAUAUCGAGGGUGGGUGGCUACCUAUUAGACCCCAACGCAACCAGCAGAUGCGCCUACUGCAAGAUCAAGGACACCAACGUAUUCUUAGAACACGUUAGUUCAUCGUACGAUACCAGAUGGCGCAAUUUCGGGAUUAUUUGGGUGUACAUUGCUUUCAACAUUGGCGCGGCCCUGUGUCUCUACUGGCUGGCAAGGAUGCCUAAGUGCAAUAAGAAGUUGUGA